GGCCUUUACAUCAUCCUUCCGUUGACAUUACAUGCUUCUGCUCUUACUCAAUAACACUUGUAGCUGCUACAUGGAUCAUGAUGGAAUUUUGUGCUAGCUGUUAGGCUAAGUUAACAAAAAAAGAGCUUUGUGUGUUGACUGAAAGACUGGGCAGGUGGCGCAGAGAGGAUGUCGCAGAUCCUGAGGGUUCUCCUGCCUCUCUGCCGGGCUGGAGGUGCCCAGGCUCGGCUCUCACCAGCGACCGUAGGGCAGUUCUUCACAGCCGGAUACCGACAUCCCUCAGCUCUGAAUGUUGGUCGGAAUUCAGGUAACUUUCUGUACUGUCACAGACUCCAGGCGAUUCAGCGAAGACUCUACUCCACUGAGCCCAAAGAUGGCAAAGGAGGACCAGCACCAGGAGGAGGAGGAAGAGGUGGAGGGAAGAAAGGAGGAGGAGGCAAAGACGGCAAAGAUGGCAAAGACUGGUUUAGUCGAAUGCUGAAGGGCGACUUACCUUGGGAUGAGAAGGAUUUCCGCUACAUGAUGGUCAUCUUGAGUGGCAUUACUUCAGCUUUGCUCUACUUCUACUUCAGAGACAGCAGCAGAGAGAUCAGCUGGAAGGAGUUUGUCCAUCGCUACCUGGGCAGAGGCAUAGUGGAACGCUUGGAGGUUGUCAACAAACAGUACGUCAGAGUCAUUCUGGUACCGGGAGCUGACACAGAAACGAAUUACGUCUGGUUCAACAUCGGCAGUGUUGACACAUUGGAGAGGAACCUCGAAGCAGCACAUAUGGAGCUUGGCCUGGAGCCAUCGCACCGGGUUGCGGUUGUCUACAGCACUGAGAGCGAUGGCACUUUCCUGUUGAGCAUGAUACCCACCCUGCUGCUGAUUGGCUUCCUGCUAUUCUCACUCCGGCGAGGACCAAUGGGAGGGGGUGUCGGUGGCGGGCGGAGCCCCUUUAGCAUGAGUGAGUCGACAGCGAAGAUGCUGAAGAACAACAUUGAUGUCAAGUUCAAGGAUGUGGCCGGCUGCGAGGAGGCCAAGCUGGAGAUCCUGGAGUUUGUAAACUUCCUGAAGAACCCUCAGCAGUACCAGGACCUUGGAGCUAAGAUCCCUAAGGGUGCUGUGUUGUCCGGUCCUCCUGGAACAGGGAAGACACUGUUGGCCAAAGCCACAGCUGGAGAGGCCAAUGUCCCCUUCAUCACCGUCAACGGCUCUGAGUUCCUGGAGAUGUUUGUGGGCGUGGGCCCAGCCAGGGUGAGGGAUAUGUUUGCCAUGGCGAGGAAGAAUGCACCUUGUAUCCUCUUCAUUGAUGAGAUUGAUGCUGUGGGGAGGAAGAGAGGAGGAGGGAACUUUGGGGGUCAAAGUGAACAGGAGAACACCCUGAACCAGCUGCUGGUAGAGAUGGAUGGUUUUAACACGGCUACGAAUGUGGUGGUCCUGGCUGGAACCAACAGACCUGAUAUCCUGGAUCCUGCUCUGAUGAGGCCAGGACGCUUUGACAGACAGAUUUUCAUAGGUCCUCCAGAUAUUAAGGGCAGGGCAUCCAUCUUUAAAGUCCACUUGCGACCAAUCAAACUGGACCCCAGUCUGGACAAAGAUUCUCUCGCCAGGAAGAUGGCUGCUGCCACACCAGGAUUCACUGGAGCUGACAUCGCUAAUGUGUGCAACGAGGCUGCUCUGAUCGCUGCCAGGUACUUGAAUCCGUCCGUCAACGGCAAACACUUUGAACAGGCAAUCGACCGGGUCAUUGGAGGCCUGGAGAAAAAGACUCAGGUCCUGCAGCCCACAGAGAAGAAGACUGUGGCGUAUCAUGAGGCCGGUCACGCCAUCGUCGGCUGGUUCCUGCAGCACGCCGACCCUCUGCUCAAGGUGUCAAUCAUCCCGCGGGGGAAGGGUCUGGGUUAUGCUCAGUACCUGCCCAGGGAGCAGUACCUGUACAGCAGAGAGCAGCUGUUCGACAGGAUGUGUAUGAUGCUGGGAGGGCGCGUGGCCGAGCAGGUCUUCUUCGACAGGAUCACCACGGGGGCUCAGGACGACCUGAAGAAGGUCACGCAGUCGGCCUAUGCUCAGGUGGUGCAGUUUGGGAUGAGCGAGAAGGUGGGGCAGGUUUCGUUUGACCUUCCCAGGCAGGGCGAGAUGGUCCUGGAGAAGCCGUACAGCGAGGCCACGGCUGAGCUCAUCGAUUCCGAGGUCAGACAGCUGGUGGAGCGGGCGUAUGAGCACACCCUGCAACUCGUCAACGACAAGAAGGAGCUGGUGGAGAUGGUGGGAAAGCGUCUGCUGGAGAGGGAGGUCCUAGACAAGGCGGACAUGUUGGAGCUACUGGGCCCACGGCCGUUCGAGGAGAAGUCUACGUACGAGGAGUUUGUGGAGGGGACGGGGAGCUUCGAGGAGGACACGAGCCUGCCCGAGGGCCUCCGGGACUGGAACCAGGAGAGAGGAGAGGAGGCGGAGGAGAUGAGUCCCGCUCAGGACAAGAAGCAGGCCGUGUAGAGUCAGAGAAAUUCUGUGAAGAAGAACAAACGCAUCCCAGCUGCAAAAAAACUGCUUACUGUUGUCUCAGUAUGACAGAGUCUGGGAGGUUUUAGGAAAAGGUUUAUUUUAUUUUAAUUAUUUUUUGUUUUUCCAGUGUCCACGAUUUAGUAUAAAUGAUAAUCGAAUACUCAACGUACAGAAAUCAGUCCUUGAUGCUUCAUCUACUUUAUUCCCUCUGCAACGAGUAUGAACUCUGUGGAUUUGACCUUAAUUUAGGGCCGUUAUGAGGAUAUAUUUUUACUUUCAGGUCUUCAGGAUCUCUUCUUUUCCAGGUGAAUAAACCUAAGUGAAGGAAGCAGAGACUAGGGUAGUUUAAGAGCAAGAUUUAUUUAUUUAGGAUCACUGAUGAAGCCAUUUAUUAUCAUUUGAGUGAAAUCUUCCUAGAGAACCACCAGGCUCUGUACAUUGACACACUGAGGCUGCGAUGACGUAUUUUUUUUCCCACAGUUGGGUCAGGAAGUCGGUCCAGUAAGCCUUAAGACUCGUCAAGCUGGAGACCAACGUACUGCAGAUUUUAAUACUCCGGAAUGGAGUGUUUGUUACACAUUUAGACUCUUCCUUGUAUUUAUGUGUAAAAGGAGGAAGGUACGUCCUCUGACUGACGUCUGCCUUCCUGAUGAAGCUUAGUAGGAACUCAUUUUUAAAUAUUUUGAGAAAUUACGUGAACUUUCUUGUUUGCUGGAUUUCAGAUAGUAAAGCUGUCACAUUUCA